AUGCUCUUGACCCGACCCACUACUGCAAAUUCAAUCCAGCAACUUCAGCAACAGCAACACGUUGAUCCCAAUUAUUCACAACCACACCAUCAUCACCAUACCCAUCUACAGCACUUUUACCCCCAAACACUCGAUUUCGACCUCGACGCCUCCUUCGACGACGCUGCGCACGAUUUUCACUCUUCGAGUAUUUCCUCGUCUCCCCUGUCGACGCAAUCACUUCUUUCCUCGCAUUACUCUUUUGCAAACCACUCCGCAAACCAUUCCACCUACGACACAUCCCAUUUAGCCAUUCCAAGGAGAGCUGGAACAGUCACGUCACCAGCAUUGGAAGAUUCUGCCUCGAUCUUGAACCACCAGCAAAACCUGAUGCAGUCUGACGCGUGGGUACUUGGGAACCAGUACGCCCCUAAGUCGAUCGGCCGGCUACCACAUCAGCGGGAGUCUUCUUUAUCUUCCCUAGGCUCAGCCGGUCCCGCAUCACCCUUCAACCACAACAUAUCCAAUCCCCAGAUCGCAGUCACGGAUUCAAUGCCCGACGGCUUGUACGAAAUGCAGGCCCACGAUGGGAAUGCGUUCUACCAACUGUCCAAUAAGUCAAUGACGGUAACCCACGACAACAUGUAUCCCAACUACAAUGGGCUACCAAAUGUUUCUUCGGACAUGACUGGUUACGCAUCAGCCAUGAAUGUUCAACGACCUCGCUCUGACCGCGGACUACUACCUGCACCCGAACUGUCUAUGGCAACUAGCAGAUCCCACCCAAACUCAGUGGCAAGUUCCAUCGCCGGUGACUCACCCGCAACGCCAUCACACCUCGACCACGAGGACGAUAGAAGGCGAAAAGCUGGUAAGGAGUCCUAUUCGCCAGUUUUUAUGACCACAUGCUUACCAAUCGUUGGCGAUGUAGUGUUUAGCAAUGUUCCCAAGUUGGAUCGUACAAUGACGGAUAUUUACAACGAUGAGUUGUACAGCCCCAAUUUCACCAUUACCUCGACAGCCCCGGUACAAAAUCACAUGGCUGUAUCGCCCAGCAACGAUGUGUUCGCGCAACGGUUGAGCGCUGCAAACAAUCAGCACCUAAGCGCGGCACAGUCACCAGUAUCGUGUGUCUCGCGCGACCGCUCGCCCUUCCGUCAGGGUUCGCCACUUGCUCCCAUGCCCAACCAUGAUUUUGGGGGAGGUGUCCAUGCCUCCCAUCUGAGGUUCAAAUCUGCCCAUCAAAUGCGAGAACAGAAGAAAGCCGAACAGGAUGCGCAGAUCAUGAGACAGCAGAUGUCGGUGAAGUCAGAGCCCGAGACGCCGAAGACAAUAUCACCGAAAGACGCAAUGCUUGAGUUUCACGACGGUGACGGCGAAUCAUCAUUCUCUCUUUUUCCGUCUCAGGAGACGGUGGAUUUCGAAGACAUUGCCAAGGUCGUGGUUUCGCAGGAUCAGCAUGUCAACUUCGCCAGGUCCGCUAUGCAGAACGGCGCUGCUUUCCCUUAUCUGCCUGCCCAGCUUCAGACCGGCGGCGUCCACGUUCCGCAGCAAUAUCCAUUCGUUGCUCACCCACGUCAAUCUACUGAACAAAUUUCACGACUAAGUUCUGCCGAGUCCAGCACCGGGGGUUCUGAUGCAACUUCGAUAUCGAACGGAACAACAAUCUCGAAGCCUGCCGGUGCCACUGCUGAUGGUGGCACUUACACAUGCACUUAUCACGGUUGCACGAUGCGGUUUGAAACCCCUGCUAUGCUCCAGAAGCAUAAGCGUGAGGGACAUCGACAGACCCAAGGUAUCGGGGGUCCCAGGAGACCUGAGGCUGUUGCUACGUCUCCCAACAGCAUCCUUAAUAGUCAAGCGGGGCCCCACCGCUGCGACCGUAUCAAUCCCAGUACUGGAAAGCCGUGCCACACAAUUUUUUCACGCCCCUACGACUUGACUAGGCACGAGGAUACCAUUCACAAUGCACGAAAGCAAAAGGUGCGUUGCAACCUUUGCACAGAGGAGAAGACCUUCAGCCGUGCCGAUGCUCUUACACGUCACUACCGAGUCUGCCACCCUGAUGUGGAAUUCCCUGGCAAGCACCGGCGUCGAGGCCACAACGUCUAA